AUGUCAUCAUUGAUCAGAUUGCGCUCAAAACGACAUAUCAAUCCCCAGGGAAUCUCGAUCAUCUCAAGAUCACUUAUUACAGGUCCACCACCCAACGUACCCACCACACACCAUACGACACCUACAUCGACACCACUACCAUUACCCAUACCACUACCUUUCUUCUCUCCAUCAACGGAUUUGAACGCAAAUGGAGAAAACAAACCACUCUAUGUACCGGGCAGUCAAGCUGAUAGACUUGCCAGAGUAGGGAGGAUGAGUAGUCCCCUGAGAAGAGGAACCCAUGAAAGUUGGUGGAGUAGUCAGAUGGGAUGGUUCAAUGCUGUUGCGAAGACCAUUCCAACUUAUAGAGUUCUAGAUGAAGAAGGACAUCUAGUCAAAGGCAGUCAUGUACCAGAGAUCACUCAGGAAGAAGCUUUGGCCAUCUAUCGGACGAUGACACUGAUUCCAAUCGUCGAUAAUGUUUUAUACCAAUCUCAACGUCAAGGUAGAAUAUCAUUUUAUAUGCAAUGUGCAGGUGAAGAAGCUGCCAUUGUAGGAAGUUCAGCUGCUAUGUUAGAGAACGAUGAGAUGUUUGGUCAAUACCGAGAAUCAGCAGCGUUACUGCAUCGAGGUUUCACUUUAGAUUCAUUGAUGUCGCAAUGUUUCGGAAACGUAGAAGAUAAAGGUACAAAAGGUAGAAUGAUGCCUGUACAUUAUUCAGCGCCUGAACUAGGUUUUCACACAAUUACAAGUCCGUUAGCUACCCAGAUGCCACAAGCUGCAGGAGCAGCAUAUGCGCUGAAGGUAGAUGAAGCCAGACAAGGUGAUUGUGUCAUUUGUUAUUUUGGCGAUGGUGCUGCUAGUGAGGGGGACUUUCACGCCGCAUUGGGCAUGAAUUCGGUUCUAGGUGGCCCAUGUAUUUGGUUUUGUAGAAAUAACGGAUUCGCAAUCUCCACUCCGAUAAUAGAUCAAUACGCAGGCGAUGGCAUUGCAUCUCGUGGACCUGCUUAUGGACUCGAUACCAUUCGAGUAGAUGGAAAUGACGCGCUGGCAGUUUUGUCGGCUGUUAGAGAAGCUAGGAAAAGAGCGGUAGAAGGUAAGAAAGGUGUUUUGGUGGAAGCUAUGACUUAUCGUGUGGGUCAUCACUCGACAAGUGACGAUUCAAGCAUGUAUAGGAAGGUUGAAGAAGUGAAAGAAUGGACAGUGGUUGAUAACCCGAUUCAUCGAUUUAGAGCUUUCUUAGCUUCCAAAUCAUGGUGGAAUGAAUCUCAAGAGAAAGAGCUUUUGGCGUCUCACAAGACAUCAGUGAUGAAGGCUUUUGCAAGAGCGGAGAAAUUACCCAAACCGAAGCUUGGUGAAAUGUUCAAUGAUAUUUGGGGUGUUGCCAAAGGAGAUGAAGUUCCUGCUGUUAUCAUGGAACAAAGAGCUGAAUUAGGUCGAUUGCUGAAGAAAUACGGAGAUGUGUGGGAACCAUGGCGCAAAGAAAGGAAGAGAUUUGUGGAAGAAGGUAUGGACGUUAUGGACUGUGAUGGAAGAGGAUCUUAG